AUGCACACAGCACAUGCCUUCUCCGUGGAAGCCUUGGUAGCGAAAUCCAGCAAAAGAAAAGUGCAAGACACAAGAGAAGAAUUCCAGCCUGAGCUUCAAGAAAAUGAGGAUGGACAGGAGAGGAGGUGCUGAGCAGCAGGGAAGAACCCUGGACAGCCUGCACAAAAGAGACCCAAGACAGAACCCUCAGCAACUGACUGCAUUGUCUGUGGCAGUGGCCACAAAGGCAAAAGCAGGGAAAGUUUGGAAGUGAAAAAUGUUAUCCAAAUGGAGCUUCAAGGAUCCGAGCUGUGGAAAAGAUUCCAUGACAUUGGGACUGAGAUGAUCAUUACCAAGGUGGGCAGGCAGUUGUUUCCCUCUGUUCACGUCAAGGUAAAAGGAUUGGACCCAGGGAAGCAAUACUGUGUGGCCAUCGAUGUGGUGCCAGUGGAUUCCAAAUGCUAUAGGUAUGUUUAUCAUAGCUCUGGUAGCUGGAUGGUAGCUGGAAAUAUAGACCAUACAUGCAUCACCUCCAGGAUAUAUGUCCACCCAGACUCACCCUGCUCGGGAGAGACCUGGAUGCAGCAGAUCAUCAGUUUUGAUUGUAUGAAAUUCACCAAUAAUGAGAUGGAUGACCAAGACCAUAUCAUUCUGCAGUCCAUGCACAAGUACAAGCCCCAUGUGCACGUGAUAGGGCAGGACAGCAGGGUUGGCCUUUCUCAGAUUCAGUCCCUGCCAAUUGAAGGGGUUAAAACAUUUUCCUUUGAAGAAACUGAGUUUACCACGGUGACUGCCUACCGAAACCAAUACAUUACAAAACUGAAAAUAGACAGGAAUCCUUUUGCUAAAGGAUUUAGAGAUCCUGGAAGAAACAGGGAUGUAUUGGAUGGUUGUUUAGAAACCUAUACAUGGAGCCCUUCUAUCACUCUGGAUUUUAAAACCUUUGGUGCAGACACACAAAGUGGAAGCAGUGGCUCAUUUCCAAUGACCUCUAGCAGAGGAGUUCCUUCUACUUUGAAUCCCUUGCUUUCUCAACCUUGCUCACCACCUACGUUUCACUUAUCUACAAGCUGCCUUGGAAUGUCCCAUCUGGAGGCAUACCUGAACAAAAUCAAUCUUCCCCUUUGUUACAAGAUUUGCCCAACUAAUUUUUGGCGAUAGCAGCCUCUUGUCUUGCUUGUUCCUGAAAAGCUAACAAACAGCAACAGUUCCCAGUCUGUAGCCCCACUCAUGAUAGAAAUGUCCAUGUUAUCUUCCUUAGGGGCCACCAACUCAAAAAAUGGUUCAUUUGAAGACUUCAGUGGACAGUGCCUACUGGCAUCUAAUUCUGUCAAUCAAAUAUAUAAAUUACAGGCAUAUGGAAACAUUUUCCCCCAAAACUCCAUUGACCAGAAAAAACUUGGUAGCUCUUUAUAUCCUCCCUAUGGGUUUUAUAGGUACCACUCCCCUGUGACAUCUACACUGGUAAAUGUUGCAGACUAUCUCAAAGUGAAUGAUCACAGUCAAGUUUCUUUAGGAAAAGGCAAAUUGAACCAUGCUUAUUGGCAUCCAACAAUUAUCAUUGUCUUUAAUGGUACAGUCAUAUUCCUAAAAUAA